AUGUACAAAGCCUGCGGAGCUGCACAGGUCUUCCUGGACUUGAGCCGUGCCUUUGACAGUAUCAAUCGUGUUGAACUGUUUGGCAGACUUCAUGAGGUGCUUGACAACCCCAAGAUCAUUUCCAUGCUGGCCCAAUGGCAUGAACAUACCUCAUACCAUGUGGAGGCAAAUGGAGGCACAGCUCCUAUCCAGGUAGGUGCAGGAGUACGCCAAGGGUGCAAGGCUGCACCCUGGUUGUUCAAUGCCUUUAUUUUGUUGUAUUUGCGAGACCUUGCCCAUCUCAUCCCGUGGGAGUGGAUAUGCAGCCACAUGAACAUCUAUGCGGACGACAUUCAUGCAUAUGGCUUGUUUCAUUCCGCUGCCGAGCUUUCUCAACUUCUUUAUUUUUUUGGUUUGAUCAUGGAAGCACUUCAAAACAAGGGAUUGCACAUCAAUACUGCCAAAUCAGCCUUCUUGCUCACCAUGGGAGGGACCAAUUUCCGUGCUGUGCGCUCUGGCUUGAUUCACUGGACAAGUGCGGGCGAGAGAAUAAAAAUCCAUGGCAAUCACCAGACCUUUGACCUUCCAGUGAUGCAUCAAACCAAAUACCUUGGCACCUUGAUCAGCUAUGGAUCCUUUGAAGAUGCCACCACAAAGCUUCGUGUCAGUCAUGCCAGACUUGCAUUCACCAGAUUGAAGAAAUGGCUCACCGCAAGACGGGGCUUAGCUGUCAAAGAGCGUAUGCGAUUGUGGUCCACAUGUGUUUAUCCAGUUUUGACGUAUGGCAUUUUCACUGUUGGCUUGACCAAAAAAGGUCUCCAGAUGUUGCAGCAAAUCAUGAUUUCUAUGAUCCGACAGAUCCAUCAUGAUCAUGCAUAUCAAACUGGACGAUCAAAUGAGCAUGCCCUAAUUUUUCACGGCGUGACACCUCCUUUGCUUUGGCUAUGGACGACUGCUGAUUCCUUGUAUCAGUCCGUCACCAAGCUGCACCAGCAUUCGACAGGUUUUGAUCUGUGCCAAACAUUUGAUUGGACUGCCUUGCAACAGACCAUUGAUUUCAUCCAACAACAGCAUGCCAAAGGCCUGACCGUGCCCUGUGGAAUGCCUGCAAUGGAAGAGGCCACCUCCUCUCCCUGCUUGACAUGCCCGCUGUGUGAUUUUGCCACAUCUCAGUUGCCAGUUCUGCGCAGACACAUGACUCAUACCCAUAAUCUCCCCAGAUAUAGGCGUCAUGUCCCUAAUCCUGCACAGUUUAUGAAAUAUGGCCUUCCUCAAUGUACCAUGUGUGACCAAACCUUCACUACCUGGAGAAGUUUCAUGAUCCAUAUUCAGCGCGGCUGCCAGGACACCACGCUUGAGCAACGACACGCUCGACCGGUGGCACCAUUUCCUGAGACUGCUGCGCCUGGUUUGGCCUUGAACCCAGGCGCCAUACCGAAGCUGACCAAGGAGGAACUGCACUCCAUUCAGCAAUAUGAGUUUGGACCCAGACUUCUGACAUUGAUCCAUCAACGCAGUUGGGAUGAUUUGCUGAGGGAACGUGCAGGUUGCAGAUUUCUUUCCCGCAACUGCCUCCUUUGUGGCCAGUUCAUUGGCAGAGCCCAGGCGAUGCAUCAUCAUUUCCGUUUGAUGCACAGUGCCUACAGCAACCUGGUGCACUCCAAGGCGACGCAGCUCACGAAUUUGAUGAGUGCCGAGGCGCCUUGCUCGGCGUGCGGUGUGAUCUUCAACUCAUCGCACUCAUGCAACGUCUGGUUCCAGGUAGCCAUGCUGAUUGUGCAUGGCCCCAAACCUGCCAUUGAUGCUCCUGCAAAGGCGUUGGACACUAUGCAGUGCGAAAUAUGUGGGGUCCACUGCACCUCAGCACAGGAACUGCAUGCCCACCUUCAGAAGGUUCACCGAUUGAUCAGCUCGGUGUGGCAUGAAAGUAGAGACAGCUGCGAUGGCAAACCGAUCUGCAACCACUGCAAACAGGACUUCAAGAACCUUGAAAGUUUGCGCAGUCACAUAAACCAGGGAAGAUGUGCCAAAUUCAACCCUGAUUUGACAACGACUCCUACAGAAGUUUUGCAGCUGUGGAAAGAGGCAUGCUGUCAUGGACGUCUUGAAGACAUCCUUUCUGACCCACACAACAAGCUACGGCUUACGUUGCGGUGCCAAUGCUGCCCAAAGAAGUACACAAGGUCAGCCGACCUCUCGGCCCACCUCCAAGGUAGUCAUGCUGAGAUUUGGAUGGCGGCCCAACCUUUUGUUCAUCAACUGGUGCAGGGCUUUUAUGGCUCCCUGGGCUGUGUCUGCAACCCAUCCUGCAAUGUCAACCGGCUUCAUCAUGUGUGCAUGCCCUUUUUGCAGCUGAGCAUGCAAUUUGCCAGGCUCAAAGAUGCGUUGUUUCUGCCAGCCAGGCAGACUGUCACAGAGAUUGCGCGAGUUCUUCCACCACAUGUUCCCAUUGACCUUCGUGGCACUCUGGAGCAGGCUUUGGCAAACUAUGCCCUUGAUUCUCUCUGGACAGAUGCGCUGCUGAUGGAUGCACUGAGCGGCACCUGCGUCUUUUGUGGCCAUGAUCUUCUGCCGGCAGAGCUCACCUACCACCUGCAUGAGGCUCACAUGGGAGUGCAUCCGAUUGUCAAAGCAUAUGUUCUGCAGCUGCUUCCACAUGCUUACUCACAUAGUGACAGUGAUUGCGCCUGCUUUGCAUGUGGACAGAUCUUCAAUCUGCCUGUCCCCAAUCCUGAUGAAACCCAGAUUGCAUUGAGACAGCAGCUGGUUCAAACUCACCUGCGUGCCCAGUGUCCCAGCAUUUUGCAGCUUGCUGUGCUGCUGGACGAUGCGCUGCAGCAGAUGUUGCAGACUUUUCAGAACAUUGCGCCGCUCCUGGACAACAGCCUGAAAUUGGCUCCCAAUCCAGCAGCGCCCAAAAGGCCACGACGGGCACCGGACCAAGCAGAUCCAAACGACAAAGGCUCACACAUCAAGGGCCAGUCACCGCAGAUCGAUCAACAGAAGCUUCUUCUACUGAUGGGCCGCCUGCUUUUGAAGGUGGAUCGCGACCUCCAGGUGCUUCAACGAGAAACUACAUUCAUCAUCUUCUUCAGCAGUCAGGAACAGACCGGAAUUCUUCCUCUGCUCCUGCAGGAGGCCAACCAAUGGCACCAAAAAUCCAAGGAGGGGUCAUCGUCAUUGAGGAUGCCGCUGAGACAAGUCUUGCUCCAAUCGGUGGUGAAGGAACUGAUUGCGCGGCUGACCAAGCUGACAGAAGCCCCAGCAGACUCUCCGCUCCUGGACAUGGCACGGAAAACCAACAUCCUGCUGGAGAACAACACGAUUCCCUUCAUGGAAUGGGAUGCCUCGGAGAAACGACUGAAGGUGGCGACCAAGACACCGGUCAGCUUGGCCAAGAUGGGAGAACACCUCCUGGAGCUUCAAGAGGGGUUCAAGGAUGCCAACCUCAUCCAGAAAUUUCACUCCUUGCCCACCAAGCCGGACAGUGUGAUCACACCUUGGCGACUUCAAAUGUCCUCGAGGGAAGAUCGGACCUACGAGCUCAUGCUGCACCUGGCACACAGCCAAAUAUGGACUCUCAUUGCGGCGAGCCUCAAGCAGCACAAUCUCUAUCAGAGCUCCCUUGCGGCCAACCUGGAAGUCGGACUAGGCCUGAAGCAGAACAAAGGAGAAGUGAUUCCCAUGCAACAGCAGCUUCUCGAAGCUGUCUCCAAAAUGGUUCUCAUCAAUCCGAACAACUGGUGCUUUUGCAACACUGCUGCAUACUCCUUGUUUUGGACUGUGUUGACCUUGAGUUGUUUCGAACCAGAAAUGUGGGGAAUCCAACGUCAUGACAUCAUGCGAUUUUUGCUGGCCUCCAGACAGACACCCAUGAAUCUGGCUGCACAGCAAUUUUUUCGAGAUAUCAUGCAAAAGUGGGGAAGGGAUGAGAUCGGACGACCCAACUUUUCGAUCUCCCAACAGGACUCCUCGGAGUUUGUUCAGGUUUGGCUGCAAAUGCUGCAGACUUCUGUCUUUCAGAUGCAAUGGGAAAAACGCAUGAGCGCUGCUGAUGCGACACAUGUCAUGGACACCAAUCAGGAAGCGUGCACUCCUCUGUGUUUGAAGUUUGAUGAGAAUCUCAUGCUCUCACAGUAUUGCACCUUGACCUCCCUUGUGCACACCUGGCAUCAGGCAGAUGGGAUGUGCUCGGCACUUUUGCGGUCUUCUCCAUGCGUAUGCAUUCACAUUGACAGAUGCGUCAUGGGCCCAGACCUUACCGUCUACAAAUGCACCAGCAAACUGCAGAUCGAUGAGGUGUGCUGUAUUCCAGUUUUUCAGGACAACUCCAUUGCAUGUGAGUUUCAUGAAUAUACUGUUGUGGCUGUGAUGUCACAUCUUGGCCACGAUGGAGCAGGGCAUUACAGGGCGGCCUUGAGAACCCGUCCACAGAUUCUGCAGCGCACUUGUCCAGUUCAAUGGCUUGUGACAGAUGACUGGCGCGCUCCAGAACCAACAUGGGCACCGAAAGACUGGCUUCAGGAAAACAUCACAAUGGCUUGGCUUGUGAUGCGCUCCAGCUGCCCUGCUAUCGAGCAGCAUGUGCAUGACCCCAAGCGACUUCCCGACCCAUAUGCCAUUGCCGAAGCAUCCACGCCCCAGCAGACCUGCUGGUGUACCGACCACAGCCAGAUUGCAUCAGCGUGCAUCUUUCUGGCAGAUGCUGGAUACUUGCCUAGGACGGCUGAUGCUGAUGGAUUCUCCCGUGAUGUUAAGAUGCGCUGCAGAUUGGACUGGCAAGGAGGAAGUGACACCUGGGCGUCCAUGCUGGCACAGACUGGCAAUGCCCUGCAAGAAAUCUGUGCCAACUCUGACUCCACUGGGGCACUGCAAAUGACCAGAGAUUUUGUUGCGCGUAUUUGGGCGGGCGCAGAAGCCAUCAAUCUCGGUCCCAGGGACCCCCCUGGGGUCCCCAUCUCGAUUGCAGACAUUGAGUUCGAGUUGCAAAGAUUGCCCCACAAUAAGUCAGUAGCAUCCCCGUGCAUAGCACUGCAGGAGCCCCUGGGCAAGUGCAUUCUAGGUGCACUCACUCGGAAACUGCUUGUGCAAGUGCCAGUUUCACCCACUGCUGACAACGGCCUUGAGGUACGCCCAUGUGACACGGGCCUGGACCUGGAUGCUCUACUUCGUGAAGAAGAGGAACAGCGCAUUUUGCGCAUGCAUCAGAGUUUAGUUGCCAACCUCCUCAACAAGCCAUAUGGUGAGGCCUUGCUCGACAUUGUCCGUAGACGGGACUGGGCCGCCCUGGUUGACCAACGCAGUGCAUGCCAGGACCUUGCCAAUCAAUGUUGUGUAUGUGAUUUUCACUUCACACGGCCACAGGAACUGCACAGUCAUAUGCGUGUGCAUCACCCCAAGUGGAUUCCACACACUUUCACCAAGGGCUCCCAGUUGUGCAAAGGCUUUGCAAGCAACUCACCAUGCCGGUAUUGCAACAAGAGUUUCAAGCAGGCGCAUUCCUGUCCAAUUCUCACACAGCUGGGCAUGCUGCUGAUACACCUGCCAUCUGAGACAGACCAGCAGGAGGACCCACCAUCGGCGGCCUUGCGAUGUGAAAUAUGUGGACUUCAAGCUGCCACCUUAGAUGAAAUUCACAGUCAUCUUGCCAACACGCACAGGCUUGCCUUCCAUGACUGGCAGCCGGAAAGGGAUUUGAUGGGCAGGGACCCGGCCUGCAAUCACUGUGCCACGCCAUUUGCCAGUGUCUCUGCAGUCAGGCAACAUGUGACGUUGGGACAAUGCCGAGAGUUUGACCCUCAUCGAUCACCAUCCCUGUUGCCCAUCUCACCCGAGAUACAGCUGAUGAUGCAAACUGGUGAUUUUCAUCCUUUGUUGCAAGACCCCAUGAAGCGUAUGCGCCUGACGUUGCACUGUGCCCAAUGUGGAGUUACAUACUCGAGGUCAAACGACUUGAUGCUCCAUCUGCAGACUGCACACUCAGCCAUGUGGAACCAGGCACAAGCCAUGACGAAGUUUCUUGUCAAAGUCCUGGCCCCCAUCCAUGCCUGUGUAUGCAAUCCCAGUGUCAACAAGUUCACAUUGACUCAUGUGUGUCCCUUCUACCGUCAGAUGGCAAUGCUAUGGACGCGAUCCUCUGUCGAGCUCCUCUUGCCGUGGCUCUCAGACAAAGGCAGUUUGACCACCUUGAUGCAACGAUGCCAUUUGCAUGCGGCCUGUCAACCGGUGAUUGAAGCCAUCCAUGCAAGACAGUUGAAGCGUCUUUUGCAAGAGUCGGAGAUGAACGAGUUCCUGAGAUCUCAUUGUGUCCUGUGUGGAGGUGCCUUCCAUCCUGCACUCCUCCGAGAUCAUUUGAUCCAGGUUCAUGCCUCAAGUCUGACCAGAUUGUAUGACAUUCUGCCUUUUCUGUACGACACUUACAUGAAGGUAGCCCACACUGACUAUCAAUGUGCACAGUGCAAUCAAAUCUUCAAUCUGCCGCUGCUUGGUGAUCCAACGCUGGCUGAACAGCACUCGAGACAGACUCUAGUCUUGGCUCACUUUCAGCAGUGCAAGGAGACGCAGGAACUCAUGGCGACGUUCAGCGCCAUGGCACCGCUCCUGGUUCAGCACAGCCAAAAGCAAAAAGAAGACGAAAGGGGUCCCAAGAAGGCCAAGACCCAACAUCGACCACCCCAGGAGGAGCCGGCACAGGCGCUGCCUCAAGUGGUGAUGCAGAUGGCCAAGCUUCUCAUCAGACUGGAUGCGGACCAGAAUCUACUGAGAAAGCAAGACUCCUUCGUCUUUUACAUGCAAAUGGAGCCGGAGUCGGUGAUACAUGUCCUGACAGCUCGAGCCAAGGCCUGGCACCACGAGAUGUCACAGGAGACACCAAUGAAGACACAGGAAUGGAAGCCACUGAGGGUCACCCUGAUGCAUCACCUGGCAAUGACGUUGCAGCAGCGCUUACAGAAGCUGUAUGCUUGCCAGCCGACGGAUGCCCUGUUUCAGAAGGCAAUGGAGCACCAUCUGUUGAAUGCCAAGGGGGAGUUCUUUUUCCAGCGUUGGGACCCGACCAGUCGAAAGCUGACGCAAACAGAUCAAGCGCCAAUUCCCAUGGACAGGAUGCGACGCUACAUGGACCAGCUGGUGGAGACCACACAGGAGGCUGGCAACAUCCUGAAGUUCCACUCGCUGAAGGCGUCGGGGGAGCAGGCGGUGACGCCCUGGCUACUCCAAAUAUCCCUCAGGUGCGACGACCUUCAAGUCUUGCUGGAGACUCUGUCGGGGAACAAAGUAUGGAGGCUCCUCCGUGCUGCUAUGAGCAACAUGGUCUUGCACAAUGAUCGCAAUGACUGUUUCAUCAAUGCAGCGGUGACAGCCACCCUUUGGACGUUUCUGAGCCGAUCUGACUUUGAGCCAUCUUUUCUGGGGCCACAGGCCACCCUGAUUGCUGAGAGUGUGCUAGGUGACCCCGUGGAGUUCAUUUCACACGUGUUGCGGGGAAUGAGAUUUGAGGGCUUUGACAUGACGUGGGAGCGUCGAGUCCAGAUCAAUGAUACUGUGCGAGUCAUGGACCAAAGUGCUGCAGACAGGCCGUUGACAGUGCAAUUUGAUUUGAUGGACAUAGAGACUUCUCCCUUGGAUUACACAUCAUUGCAAACGAUGUUGAACUCCUGGUCGUCUCAGUAUGGUAUGCAUACUGCUUUGAAAGCCCGCACUCCACUGCUGUGCAUCCAUGUUGAUCGAUACAUCAACCAAGGUUCUGAAGCAGCUGUGAAAAGUGAGCGCCCUAUUCAUUUCUGGGGUGCGAUCGAUGUCCCAUUCUUUGCCGAUGAUGAGCUCCAAAUCGAAACUGCCGAAUAUCAAAUCCUGGCUGCUGUGUCUCACUCAGGUAUGGACUCAGCUGGACACUGCCGCGCCCUGCUGACCACAUGGCCCACAGAGCAGCCACCAAUCAGCUUCCUGCUGGUGGAUGAUGAUCAGCCCCCCCAAAGACUCAGGGCUGAGCCAGAAUGGUUCAAGCGAGAUGUGAUGUGUCUCUGGUUUUGCCAUAGUGACUACCUGGAUCUGUUCCAUAUGACUGACCCGCUGCAGCCACAUCCAAUCGAAGGCCCAUCCACUUCUGAUUCAGACGAUGCGACAGACCCUGACAAUAUGUCGCUGCUGAGACUCCUUGCAUCCAUGCCGAAACCCUGA